UAUAUGCAUCAUACCAUUGAUAUAGGAGGAUAUUCUGAUAUCUUAGUUGGAUUUUUCUUUUUCGGUAUCAAUACAAUAAACAAACUAUUCACCCCUUUUACCAUUCUCCCUAAACAUCAUUUUUUAUUUCUUUCCAAAAUUCUUUGACAAAACUAAAAGAUAAGCCAUCCGGCAUCCCCACACCACUGUCCGAAUUUCUUCUUCUAAAAAUCUUCUUAUUAUUGAAUCUUCUUUAUGAUCAACUUCAAUGUUUUUGAAAUUCAUAUUAGUCGGAAUUGAUCUCAAACUAACUGCUGUGAAUUGGUUCUUGUUAAUUAAUCUUGCGCUCACUUGUAACUAAAAACACCUGUUAAAAAAACAAAAAACAAUUUUUUUUAAUUAGAUUAUUAUAAGAAAAAUCGCCAAAAAUUAGGCCUAAAAUAAUAACUCCUCUCCUUUCACAACACUAUAAAGAGGAUUAGAGAAGAGAAGAAGAAAAGUUGUGUGGAACAAUAAACCAAUUACAAAAAUGAAGGCAAUUGUAAUAACCUCACCAGGUGGACCUGAAGUUCUUCAACUCCAAGAGGUUGAAGACCCUCAAAUCAAAGACGAUGAAGUCCUCAUCAAAGUCCAUGCUACUGCCCUUAACAGAGCUGAUACCCUUCAGAGGAAAGGUGGCUACCCUCCCCCUCAAGGUGCAAGCCCUUACCCGGGUCUUGAAUGUUCUGGAAUCAUUGAAUCCGUUGGUAAGAACGUUUCCAAAUGGAAAAUUGGUGAUCAGGUAUGUGCUCUUUUAUCUGGUGGUGGUUAUGCUGAGAAGGUAGCUGCUCCUGAAGGACAAGUUCUUCCAAUUCCAUCGGGGAUUUCUCUCAAGGAUGCAACUAGUUUUCCCGAGGUUGCGUGUACUGUGUGGUCGACUACUUUUAUGACGAGUCGGCUAUCUAAAGGGGAAACCUUGUUGAUUCAUGGAGGUUCAAGUGGAAUCGGUACAUUCGCAAUUCAGAUAGCUAAGUACAUAGGAGCGAAAGUAUUUGUUACUGCAGGUAGUGAAGCGAAGCUAGCUUUUUGUAAGAGUAUUGGAGCGGAUGUUGGUAUCAAUUACAAAACAGAGGACUUUGUUGCAAGGGUGAAGGAAGAAACUGGUGGUCAAGGUGUCGAUGUUAUUCUUGAUUGUGUGGGAGGAUCCUACUUUCAAAGAAAUCUUGAUAGCUUAAAUUUCGAUGGAAGGCUUUUUAUUAUCGGCUUUCAAGGGGGUGUUACCACACAGGUCGAUCUACGUCCUAUACUUGCCAAGCGUCUCACUAUACAAGGGGCUGGCUUGCGAAGUAGAAGUCCUGAAAAUAAAGCUGUGAUCAUUAGUGAGGUGGAGAAGAAUGUUUGGCCAGCAAUAGCAGAAGGAAAGGUUAAGCCUGUGAUCUACAAGACUUUCCCUCUUUCUGAAGCUGCGGAGGCUCACCGGCUUAUGGAAAGCAGUCAGCAUAUUGGAAAGAUAUUGCUCCUGCCAUGAAAGACGACAGCAUUUGAGUUUAGACGUUUGUGUGUUCUGCUUCAGUGUUGAAUAAAGUUGUGGUUUACAAUUACAGUGAAAUGUGUAAUUUAGUUUGUGUACUAAGAGGAUCAUAUUUUGUUUCCUUAUGCUUUUUUCACAAUGAGAUAUGGAAAUUUGAAUCAAGAUGAUAUGAUUUGAUGUGUUUUCCUUUA